AUGGACGAAGAAAUAAAGCCGAUGGCAAGCCUGGAAACCGCACCGCCGCCGCUGAACACUGAGGAGCCGCUUGGGGAGGGAGUCGAAGGAUUGCGUGAUGAACAAGAAAUGGAAGAAGAGCUCCUCAACCCACCUCAAUCAAGUGACGCACAAGAAAAGGAACAACAAGCACAAAUGGCUUCCGAAGAAAAGGCGAAACUUGAGCAAAUCGUCUUCAAUCAAACACAAGAGCUGGACCAAUUGCGACUUCAAAUGAAAUCAAUCUCGUCACGGAAUCAGGAGCUCACUAAUCAGAUUGCAAACUCAACCGCCGAAAUCGCUUCUAAAGACAACAAAUAUCGUCUGAUGGAGACGUCGCGCGAUGAUACCGCAUUUAAAAAGAUUCAAUCCGACGAGGUGGCUGAGAAAUACAAGCGCGAGAAGGAGGAACGCGACACUUUGGUCCGAUCGAUUACCCGUGAGAAGAAUAUGCUAAAUGAGGAAAUCGUGUCGGUCAAGGAGCGCCUGAAGAAUGUGAACACCGAGAAGAUGGAGCUGGUCGCCGAGAAGAAAGCCUGGGAUCGGGAGAAGCGGGAAAAUCAAUGUGAGCUUCAACGCGUUCGUGACGAGAUCGCCGUGCUACGAGAAAGCAAGAAGUGGCUUCUCUCCGAGAUCAACGAGCGUGAUAACAAAGUUUCGCAGUUGAGGAUUGAUGCUAGCAACAAGGAGAUUGUGUGGCAAAACGAGAAAAACAAUUUCUCCACGAAGGCCGAUUUCCUCAACGAGCGCAUCGUCGAACUGGAGGCCGAGUUGAAGAACGCCGAAGCGACAGCCGCCGAACAAACGAAGGAAUUCAGGAAGGCUCUCGAUGUGCAAGAAAAGCGUGUGUUCGAGGCAGAUUACGAGUUGACGCUGAGGGAGAAGAUCACACAAGACUACAAGGAUGCGCUCAACGAGGCAGAGGGGGUGAUUGCCGAGUUGAAGGCCAACUGCCAGCGUUACGAGUCAAGCAUUGGCGAGUUGCACGAAGACAUGAAGAAUCUCCGGGAGGUCGUCCAAAAGAAGGAAGAAGACUACGAGAACGAACUGAAAGAACGGAGCACGCAAAUUGCCGAGCUGCAAGACGAAUUGGAGAAAGCGAACGAGUUGCUGAAGAGCCGUUAUAGUGUUGGAGCUGCCACUGACGAAGAGUUACAGAAGAUAGCUCCAGCCGCCGCUGCCGCCAGUCAACUCAUUCGCUCCGGGAUGACACUAUCUCAACUUUACAGAGAAUACGCACGUGUCAUUGGCGAACUCGAAGAACAAAAAGUCCUUAAUUUGCAAUUGGACAAUGAGAUGAGCACGAUCGUCGAAGAGAUUGAAAAAAAUGCUCCUAAUUGGAAACGACAGAAGGAACAGCUCGAUCGAUCGCUCACACACAAUGAUCAUCUCACCGAACAACUCGAGAAAGCCGCUGAUGAACGAAUGUCGCUUUUACAACAGAAAGACUCGGCACUGCGCGAGUUGUCGUUCACAAAGAUGGAACUCGAGCGCUUCCAACGAGAACAUACAAAAUUGAGAGAACAAACGACCCAUCUCCUCUUUGUCAUCGAAAGUGAAGCAAGAACAUCGAAUGGUGGCCCGCCACUUGGCGCAGAUGAACAGCGACGAAUGUACACAUCGAUCACCGGUCUCCAACAAAAGAACAUCCAACUGCAGAUGGAAUUAGAAAAUGUUCAGCGCGAUUCACAAAAGAGAGUUGAAGAUGCCGUUAGAAUAGAAUCGGUUCGCCUCCGUGAAGAGCUUGAAACCUCGAAGAAGGAACACGAGAAUUUGCAAGUGGCGAUGAACCAUCUGAAGACGGUGAUGGCCAGUUUGGAACAGCAAAGAGACCGCCUCAGAGAUCUCGUUGAAAAGGGUUCGUUGGAUCCCGAGGCCGCGCAACUACGCAAAGAAAACGAGGAUAUGAAACUGGAGCUCACGUCGAUCAAAGCCCGGUAUCAACUACUCGAGAAUCGCCUCAAGGAACUUCAGGAGGCAUCAACAACACAACAAAGGUAUGAAAAGCAACCACAAAAUAGAACAGAAAAA